AUGGCUUCAGAGCGGCCCUGCCCUGCAGAUGACUUCAGUAUCUACUAUGUCCUCGCAGAGUGCACAGAUCACUAUGACAGCUCUCCAGUCAAGGAGGUGGAGGAGAACCAGCCCCAUUCCCAGGGAGUGACAGGCCUGCGGAACUUGGGCAACACGUGUUACAUGAACGCCAUUCUCCAGUGUCUCUGCAGCAUUUCACCGCUGGUGGAAUACUUUCUCUCAGGAAAGUACAUUACUGCUCUUCAAAAGGAUUGCAGUGAGGUUGCCACUGCGUUUGCCUACGUGAUGACAGAUAUGUGGCUUGGAGACUCAGAAUGCGUCUCGCCAGAAAUAUUUCGGUCAGCUUUUGGCAACCUCUACCCAGCAUUCAUGAAAAAAACGCAACAAGAUGCCCAGGAAUUCUUGAUUUAUGUACUGAAUGAGCUUCAUGAGUCUCUGAAAAAGUGCCAUCGAAAAUCAUAUGAAAAAGGAUCUAUUCCAAGGUGCUGCAGGAAGACAAUUGCCAAUGAGGUCUCCAUCAUCACCCAGCUGUUUGAAGGGCAGCUCAACUAUAGCAUCAUGUGUUUGAAGUGUGAGAACUGCACCUACAAGAAUGAAGUCUUCACCAUUCUUUGCCUCCCCAUUCCAUCCGAUUACAAGUGCUCUCUUCAGGACUGUCUCCAGUGUUUUUUUCAACAAGAUACACUGACCUGGCAUAACCAAAUCCACUGUUCCUUCUGUGAAACCAAGCAAGAAACAGCAGUGAGGGCCAGUAUUUCCAAAGCACCAAAAGUAAUUAUCUUUCACUUAAAAAGAUUUGACAUUCUGGGUACAAUGAAAAGAAAACUGAGGACAGAUAUUCAUUAUCCACUCACAAACUUGGACCUUAGUCCUUAUAUUUGUCCAGUUUUUCGGAAACACCCUAAAUAUAACCUCUGUGCGGUUGUGAACCACUUUGGUGAUCUGGACGGUGGCCACUACACUGCUUUCUGCAAGAACUCAGUGACCCAGGCCUGGUAUAGCUUUGAUGACACACGAGUCAGUGAGAUUCCAGAUACUUCAGUGCAAACUGCUACAGCCUAUCUCCUGUUCUACAGUUGCCAGCCCUUUUCUAUACCUAUAAAAAAAUGCAAGAGCUAG